AUGCGCGGCCCAUACAAGGUGGUGGAAGUUCUACCUAGUGGCCGUUACACGCUACGUUUGCUCGGCGGCAGUUAUGGUAAAACAACGCAGGCUGCUGCUCAGUUCAUGGUGCCGUGGCGGGGUGAGUGGAGCCCUGAAACAUGUGCCGCAUUUUUUGAAAAUGAAACUAACGAUGACGAGGAGACGCAAGCGCAAAUAGAGUUUGCUCCUACAGCUGCACUGUCCAUGCCCUUGCUGGAUGAGGGUGUUGUAACCGAUCCACCGACCUCUCCAGUGGCCGGUCCCAGCGGGAUCACAAGAAGAAACUGUGUCGAGGACGACUCACCGUCAGGAGAGGCCGUGUAAGGAGUUUCUAUCUAUCAU